GUGGAGCAGCCACGUCGCGUGCUGCGGAGAACACAUUCCGUACGUCGUCAGAGAGCCGCGCGCGGGUUUUGGUCGCAGGUGCGGGACGCUGCGUGCGAGCGCGAGGAGGCGGAAUAUGGCGAACGAGCGCGAGGCGGAGGUGCGGCGCCUCGCGAGGACGCAGUAGACACGGACGGCGGCUCGAGCACGGACGGGCGACGCGGAGCGGACAUGGAGCACGCGGAGGAGCAGGCGCGGUGGAACCGGAGCGCACGGGACCAGCAGCUGAAACACAAGAUCCGGGACCUGCCCGGGCUGCUGAAGCACGGGCUGCACCUGCGGAAGAAGAGCCAAUCACCUGACACUAUCCCCGGACCGAGCACUGGACCUACAGUACACAAGUCAUGUUCCCAGAGUUUUCCGUGUGCUGGUCGGGCUGUGAGGAAUGCCUUCCUCUCUCAUGGACCGUACCCGGCUAAAGACAAGAUACACCUGGCCAGAAUCAUACGGCGCAGCUACGUGGGCGUGGAGCUGGUGCAGUGGCUGUGUGAGCAGUGUGUGUACGUGCGCUGUCGGACCACUGCUGUGCGCGUCUGGCAGGUGCUGCUGGAGCUUGGAGUCCUGCUGUCUGUGGACCAGCGGGUGAUGUUUUCAGAUUCCAACUCUUAUUACCAGUUCAGCUUUGAGGAGUGUGACUCUGCCUCCUGUGACUUUCGCUCCAAUGAGGGCGAGUGGCCAGAAGCGGUUAGGCUCCUCCUUCAACUCGCCCCGUACGUCCAGUUUCGCUCCGGAGGCGAGGCCAACAGCCCGUCAGAGGAGGACUCUGAAGGCAACAGGGACAUGUGCAGUGAGAUUCUUCAGAUGAAAGCUCUUGAGAGGCUCACUUCUACGGUACAAAAUGAAUUGGCAGCUGCUCUUGCCCGAAAGACUCGCAAAGCUUUGUCAGAGCAGGACUCUGAGACGACGGAGGCGAGCCAACAGGAACCUCGAACACCCAGCGAGGAGAGCAGCCCGCUGAGCGGGGUGUGUGCACUGCGGGACGGCGGUGGCAGCGGCGGCGGGCGGGAGCUGACCAGCCGUCUCGGGCUGGAGGCCGUCCAGCGGCUGGCCAAGGACGGCUGCCGGCUGCUGCAGAACCACAACUACCGGCUGCCAGACAGGAACCAGGCGGAGGCGGUGGGGAGGGUUUGUCUGAAGGAGAGAGGACGGGAUGUGUUGGUGUUGCGGAGAGUGACAUCAUCAGUGACGUCGCCGUCGGACCGGCCCUCACCCACGUCGUCGGGGGGCGGAUCCAGAGAGGAGGAUUGUGACAAGAGGUAUGUGGUGGUCUCGGGGACACCGCUCAAGAUCUUGGAGCACCUGCUGAGUGACCUGCGGUUGGACGACCAAAGAGGGGCGCCAGAGAGCCGGGAGAGCGAAACACUGCUGGAUGACUUCCUGUUGACCUACCUGGUGUUCAUGUCCACCAAUGACCUCUGUCAGGCUCUGCUGGGACACUAUAGCAGCGCCCGCUGCAGGGGCCAGGAGGAGGGCAAAGACGCCCUCUUCAGGAAGCGUAAAGUACUGCAGCUGGUCUCCCACUGGAGCCGGCUCUACAAGGACUUCCUGAAGGAAGAGGAGCACGUCAGGAGCUUCAUGAAGACCUUGUACAGGUGUGUUUUAGAAGAUCUGUAUGAAUUCCCCACACUGGAGAAAGACCUGAAGGAGUUCCAGAAACUCCUGCGUCGCAGACACACUGUCGAUGACUGUCCUCCAAACCAAAAGAGUAAACAAAUGUAUCAGCAGUUGAGUUUGAAGGAAAACUGUUUGCAACUGAGAAGUCCACCUACUGACACUAGAGAGGUCAUUUGUUCCGUGCAUGUGAGCUCUGACUCCUACCUGAGUGUCCACACGAACCCCUCACUGGAAGUCCAUGAGAUGCUAAGAAUUGUGGGUCAGAAGAUGGACAGACCAGAAGAAGACAUGGUGCUUGCUGUGGCGUCGCACACUGGAGAGCGGAGGGUGUUACAGCCCAGUGACUGUGUGUAUUCAGAGUCUAUGACCCCACAGGGAAAGCUUGUGGCCUGUCGCAGAGAUCUAACUGAGAUUCUGCCUCCUUUAACGGACAGCGCUGAGCUAAGCAGGAGGCCGGUGCGACUCCUAGGUAUUAACACCUGGGAUGUGGCAGCUGCUCUCACACACCUGGACUGGAGCCUCUUCAAAUCCAUCCACGAGCAAGAGCUUGCGUACUACACCCUCAGCCGUGUUCCUGGUACGGGCCACACGGCGGCGCUCUCGGUGCUGCUCCAGCGCUGUAACGAGGUCCAGCAGUGGGUGAUGUCCGAGGUGCUCAUGUGUGUUUCGCUCAACAAGAGAGUACAGCUGCUCAAGAAGUUCAUCAAGAUCGCAGCUCAUUGUAAAGCCCAAAGAAAUUUGAACUCUGCAUUUGCCAUCAUCAUGGGAUUAAACACAGCAGCUGUCAGCCGACUCAACCAAACCUGGGAGAAAUGUCCGGGGAAGUUCAAGAAGCUUUUCUCAGAGUUGGAGCUCAUCACGGAUCCGUCUCUGAACCACAAAGCCUAUAGGGAAGCCUUCAAGAAGAUGAAGCCUCCCAAGAUCCCUUUCAUGCCUCUUCUCCUGAAAGAUAUCACAUUUAUCCACGAGGGAAAUAAGACCUUCCACGACAACCUGGUCAACUUCGAGAAGCUGCACAUGAUCGCGGACACAGUCAGAAUGAUUCGCCACUGCCAAAGCGACCAGCCAGGCAACGAGGUAAUCGGGGUCGACAGUGCGGAGGUGAGGGCGAGCGUUCACUACCUGCACAUCAUCGACAAUCAACAGACACUUUUCGAGCUGUCACACAAGCUCGAGCCUCGUGCUUAAAGACACACACACACACACACACACACACACACACACACACACACACACACACGCACACACACACACACAAAUACCCUAACAGAUGCACAAAAACAAACACACUGGACACAGUGGAAAAUGCUAGCACCGAGUAUGUGUGACAUGGAGAACGCUUUUCACAGCAUAAUGCCACACACUGACGCAUACACUGAAACAAAGUCACACCACCAGCUGGGAUGCAAAGUGGAAAAUGAGGUGCCAUGUAGAGCCAUUAAGACAGAGCUGCACUCUGCCUGUUCUCUAAAGGCUAAAGGCUUUAUAACACGGAUCAUGUGUCAAAAGAUUUAAGUCAGAACACGCUUUGUAAAGAGAUGCAGCAGCAAGUCGGACAGUGCCAAACUGGGACAAAGAGAAGAGGAGGCUGUAAUUAGUUUGUACAGUAUCUAUUGGACUGAAUAGUUUUGUUCUUGUGAUAAUCUUUCGGUUAUUUAUGAGCCUGUUUAGCAGGUGGAAUGUUUCUUUAUUUCUGUCUUUCAAGUCUCGUCCAACCCCCCUGGAGGCCAACAAGGACUUGAUAGCCUCCUCAUCAGUAACACACACAAAACAAUCUGUAUUUAGGUGUAUGAUGUGGUGCUUUUUUUCUGGUUAUUGUGUUGUAGCAUAUUAUGUAACGCAAGCAGCAACCAGCAGUACAACACUCUAAGAUACAUACAUCUUUUUUACCUUUUCUCACUGAGGCUUUUAUCUAUAAAUGUGCAGCCUCAGUGAGUGACAAAAGGUGCAACGUUAACAGUGUCUGGCAUGUGAAGGAGGCUUUGUUAGAGGUUUUUAUUGACUGAUUGUGAUGUUGGAAACACUCAGGCUCACCUGAACAUGCCAGAGUUCAUAAACUGUGGAUGAGUAGUGAAUGUUUUUUGGUUCUCAUUUACAUUUUAGAGACCUGGUUGACACUCCUCACGCACUCCUCUCUAUGAUGUUUUUGUGUGAACAGAAAAGGAUCCUUUUACAUUGUAUAUAAUAUGGACCUUUAUAUUUUUCAGUGCCAAAUGUCACACUGAGUCCUGCAGCGUAGAUGUACUGUAGAUAUCUCGGUUUGUUUUGCAAUCUGUGUUUGUUUUUCUUUACCACAGAAUUUGAGUUCCUUUAUUGAGCCCUGGAAUGACGUCUGAUCUGUGAUAUUGUAAAACAGAUCAGACUGCUCGCAGAGACUCUUUCUGACAGUAUGAUGACUGAUUUCAGGGUGUGUGAUGGUAUCGCUCUCUCAAUGGGUUGCUAUGGAAACACAGCCCCAUCACAGAGCUAUUUUCCUUUUUAUUUUCUAUUCAACAGAUAAGUUAAACACCACAGACCUUUGUUAAGACAUAGCUUUAUUCAACAAAAUCAUGUUCAUGAGGAGAUUUUGACAUUCAUUCUUACUGACUGAAAAUAUCACUUCAUUAAGAAGUGGUCUUGUGUAAACUGUUUGUUAAAACCAACACAGGGUGUGGACAGAAUAAUGGAAGCACAAGGCCGAAGGCCGUUAGAGUAAGACUGUCACUUAGGAGUUUUACAGCUUUGGUUCACCCAACAAUUUCACUCUUAACAUCCUUUCUAACCAAACAGAUCUUCCUGUUGACAUGGCCAUGACACGUGGAAAAACAUCUAUUUGUUAUUCAAAUCACUGAGGGAUCGGUCUGUCUUGUUGCUCAUCUCAGUCCGUAGUCACCAGGAAAGAAUUGCAGCAUGGGAUGAGAAGAAUCAUUCAGAAAUCAUAUAUGAGUGACAAUGGUGGAUACAAAUUAAGACGCACCCUCUUAAACCACAACAUCACAUCUGGCUGACCUUUUUAGUGGUUGUGUUAUUUUUGUCCUUGCCCUGUAUAUGUUCAUGCAUAGCCUAGUCACUUCAGUGGUACAUUUCUGCUGAGUAGUAAGAAACAUCCAAAGGCAGGAUUCCUAAAUGUUAUGUAGCGAUGCAUGUCCUGCAUUGUUUGGAUAGUUAUAAAACACGGGCGCUAAAGUGCAAUACGGUAGAAAUGUUCUUGCCACAAAUGUCAUCGUUUCAACACUUCGCUUUUCAGAGCACAGAGCUGCUUUCUUCCGCAGAUCAUAAUGAAUCAAAUCGACAAGGGAGGGCUGGGAUUUCCCAAACAACUGUAGUGCCAAAUACAUUGUUUGGUUCAUUAUAAGAAAAAGAUCAGAGAUGAUCUCAAGACUCACUUCUAAAUAUAAUUGGUUUACCAUGAGCGGCUUAGUCACUUUGCUUUUAAAAACAGACUUUAACCUGUUGCCACCAACACAUCUGAUGCUCCGACAAUGAAUGUGGAGCCAGUUUUGUGGACACUGUUAUGGUCACCAAAAUUGAUUAAUACAUUAAAAGUUUACUUGGGCCAUUUGAGUAUUUGAUUUUAUGUGGAUGUAAAAUCUAAACGUCUAUUUAAAAUCUAAAGUUUAUUUGUUUUCAAGAAAAGCAUUCAUUAACCCUAACCCUAACCCAGACUAUGUAACUUUUGCUAUAUGUCUACAGUUUGCUAACAGUAGCCCCCAUGUGUUAUACCAACCAAAUAGGGCUGUACUGUAAGCAGCAAAACUGUGUUGACUUGUUUCACCGCUUAAAAGUUACAUACUCUCACUUUGAAGAUGCUUUCUGUGACACCAAGUCGGUGAUUCUUUGACUGCUAGAGCUGAUAAUUCAGAGCCGUGGUCUGUUCAUAUUCAGUGUCAUAGAAAGGCCUUGUGGUAGUCAUUUUUACUAUUAACCUGUACAUGAUGCACACAUGCACAAAUACACCUCUGCUCGUUGUGUUUAAAGAGCAGGAUAAUUGUGCGAUAUUACUUAUUUAUUGUAAUAUAAUGUUUAUUUAUGUAUUUUUGAGGUGACAAAAGUUCAUGUGCCAUGUUCAGAGGUUCAACAAUGUGUCAGUUCAUUCUUGAGAAGACAACAAGUUUGUGGUUUGAAGCUGCAACGCUGGAAUGUAAAAGUACUUGUAGUUAUGUUUUGUGGCCACUUGAGAGCAGCAGGAGAGCAAGUUAGUGUGAUGACGCUCUUCUCUUUCCUCUGGUGUCAAACGCUUUAGCGGACAGGAAACCAACAGGAAGGUGAAUUUAGUGUUUUAUCGGCCGUAGUCAUGACUGUGUAAAGUUACGUUUUUUUAAAGCAAUGUUGUUUAAAACCUGUUUGCAUGUUAAAAUAAAAAAAACACAAAGUUCACAAUGCAAGAGAGGACAUUGAAGGCUUUGUACUAUUGUAAUAUUGUUGAUGUGUAAAUAUAUGCCCAUGUUUGGUAUGUUGUUAUUAUUUAUCAGUUGUAAAUGAAAAAAAUAGUCAACCACAAAGCAAUAUGUCUCCCCUCGUGUCCCCUCAAACUUCUGACAGCUGAAACCACAUGUCUUUUCUAAAGCAGCGUUUUACUAUGUCAACAUUUGACUGAAAUUAAUAAAUUAUA